CAAACUCCGAUGAACCGAUUGUCGUGGUAUACUCCUGGCGAGAGUACAGAAGAACUACUUUGUCAGGCUGGACAUGUCGGAAUAUACGAGGGUGAUUUGAAACAGACCAAUUUCGAGCAAGGAACAGCUUCCCUAACAAUGCAACGUAUUAUUUGGGCAGACUCAUCGGAUCCAGAUCGUCGACUUGUUCUUCAUCAUUCCCUUGUCAUUUCAAUGGAAAAACAUCACAAAUCCAUGUUCAGUAAAGGUGGAAAAAUUGUUGUGAAACUUGAAAAACCAAAAGCCGGGAAUAUUGGUCCAGUCAAUUCGAGUCAUUAUGAAACACUUCGAUUAGUUUUUCGACACGGAGGAGAAGACGACUUCUUCAAAAAAUACGAAGACGCUGUCAGAAGAAAAACGUGGCAACGAUCAAGUUCCGGUUCCAGCUCAAGCGGUUCUCGCGCGAGUAGUAAUCUUCGAUCUGUCGGAAUCUCUGGUAUUGAAAGAAGACUCGCUGAAAAUCAUCAAAAAACGCACGAAACAAUCACACAGGCAUUCGACGAUAUGUCAAAACUUAUGGAAACCGCACGUGAAAUGGUCGCACUGUCGAAAAGUAUUUCGGAGAAGGUUCGAUCUCGAAAAGGAGAAAUUAGCGAGGAUGAGACGAUUGCAUUCAAAUCUUAUCUUCUUUCGCUGGGAGUUUCUGAUCCUGUCACAAAAUCGACAUUCGUUGGAUCAGAUUCCGAAUAUUUCCAGAAACUCGCCAAAGAAAUAUCGGAUGUACUUUAUGAACAUAUCAAAGAAAACGGGGGAAUGUGUGCACUACCAGAAGUGUACUGUAGAAUAAAUCGAGCUCGUGGUAUGGAAUUAUUAUCACCAGAAGACGUUAUGAAUGCAUGCGGGGCACUAAGUCGCAUCAACUCACCUUUGGAAUUACAUCGAUUCCCUUCUGGAGUACUCGUUGUUCAACUCAAAUCAGCAUCUAUGGAUAGUACUGUAGGACAGACAUUAGAAUUUGUAUCGAAGUUAGAAAGAGCAUCUGCAAAUGAAUUAGCAGAAUCUCUAGGAAUAACUGUGAUUUUAGCUAGAGAAAGGUUACUAGCAGCUGAAGAAUCGGGUCUAAUCUGCCGCGACGACUCCAUUGAGGGACUUCUCUUCUAUCCAAAUCGGUUUAUGGAAUAGAAAUAAUUUUAUUCUACUUUCUUCAUCAAUCAUUUUCGUUGUGUUCUGUUUCAGUUGAAUAUUAUGUACCUGCUUAUGAUGAAACGAGUGUAUUUUCCUUAUUGUCCUAGUCGUUUUAGUUAAAAAAAAAGUUUAUUUGCUUCCAAUUCUGCCUUUUCCGUUCGCCAAACCUAGAUCUCUUUUUCCUCAAGCACACACACUUUCAUAAACACUUUCAAUUU